UAUUUGGUGGACUUAAAAAAAAGCAAGAUUAUAUGUAUUUAUCAAGUAAGGAGUGUGAUGAAACUCAAGAGUGUGAAUUAAUCAAUGGUAGUUCUUAGUUUUCAGGUUGUGCCUCAGCUAAUAAUAACUCCACCACAAUAUGCUCCAAGAGCAAGUGGUGCUACCAUUCGGUGUGGUAUAGCUGAACCAUCUGGUGAACCAGCUCCUUUAGGACAAAAGACACGUUACAAUGACAGUAUUUUUGAGAAGGUUUUCAUGACUUUGUUUGCACGAAAAAUGGAACCAUUUGCAGAGCCUGUAAUAGGGAAUGCUAAAAAGAAGAAGGAAAAGAAGGGUUUGUUGGAUGUUUGGGAGUAUGAUUAUGAGAGUUUUGUUGAUGUGUCCAAAAGAGUAAUGUUGCGUCGGUCUCGUUUGCAGCAACAGCAAGUUGUUCGUGAGGUUCUUCUUUCUAUGCUUCCUCCAGGUGCGCCUGCUCAGUUUAGGAAAUUAUUUCCACCAACAAGAUGGGCUGCAGAGUUUAAUGCUGCAUUGACAGUGCCUUUCUUCCACUGGCUAGUUGGUCCUUCUGAGGUUAUAGAAGUGGAGAUAAAUGGGGUGAAGCAAAAGAGUGGCGUCCAUAUAAAGAAAUGCAGGUACCUGGAGAACAGUGGAUGUGUUGGACAGUGUGUUAAUAUGUGCAAGAUUCCUACCCAAGAUUUUUUCACUAAUGAAUUUGGACUUCCAUUAACAAUGAUUCCAAAUUUUGAAGACAUGAGUUGUGAUAUGGUUUAUGGCCAAACUCCGCCUUCAUUUGAAGACGACCCAGUCUCCAAACAACCUUGCUAUGCUGAUAUAUGUCCUGUAGCGAAUCCAAACUCCAGUAUAUGUCCUAAGCUACAAUCAUGAGCAGACACUCCUUUGGAUAAUUUUCCAUGACAGAAUUAGUGUAUACUAUAAGUUUCUCAUGAUCUCGACUUCAGGUUUUCUUGUUACUGUAAUAUAGUUGUCAUUAAAGGGAAAUAAACAAACCAACAUUACAAACAAGUGAGAUUAUUAUACAGAAUAUGUUUUUAUUUUUUA